GAAAAAUGGAAAUGGAAGAUUUUAAAAUUACAACAACAGAUUUGAUUGAAUUCGUGGAAGACCAUCUUCAGACCCAAAGUGAAGAUGAUUCGGUCUAUACCCUAGAAAUUAAAAGGGUCGAACUAAAUUCGCUCUAUGAAAAAGCAAAGCGCUCAUACGAUGCGAUCAGAAGAAUUUCUCGCGAAAGUCAUGAAACCAUCGAUUUCUUUAAAGUGAAAGAAAAAUAUCAAAAAAGUUAUCGAAUGUACCUCUCUUGCUUAGCUUCCAUCAACGAAGAUGUAGAUGCGCGUAAAACACAAGUGUCAACCCAACCCAUUAAGGAAAGGACUUCAGAAGCCACAAUGAUGGAUUUCGCUCCUGCAGUUCACCUUCCACCAUGCGACACCGACAUCUUUUACGGAGAUUACACAACUUGGCCCACCUUUCGGGAUAUGUUUACAGCCCUAUAUAUCCGUAACCCAAGGAUUAGUAACGUUGAAAGACUCUUUCACCUUACUCAGAAGACCCGAGGAGAAGCAAGAGAGGUUAUUCAAAACGCACCCCUAACAAAUGAUGGUUUCAUACUCGCUUGGAAAAAUUUAGUCGACCAAUAUGAAAAUAAGAGGUUGCAGGUAAACACCCAAUUAAAGACUCUUUUUAACCUACCCCAAGUAACUCAGGAAACAGGUUGUGCUAUAAAAAGCUUACAACGUUCCGUUAAUAACGUUUUAACUAAUUUAAAUAACCUUGAGAUUGACACACAAAGCUGGGAUCCGAUAUUGAUAUAUCUUUGUAGUUCAAAACUACCUAAACAAACUCUCGAAACCUUUGAAUAUACCCUAGCAGACAAUUCAGAUAUACCGACGUGGUCAAAUUUCGACAAUUUUUUAACCCACAAAUACAAAACCCUCGAAUCUGUUGGAAAUUUCAAAGCUUCAGUAGCAAAAUUACCCCCAUUCCACACCGGUACAGUUAAAAGAACAGAUGAAAAGAAAUAUAACACUUUUCAUGCAAACGUGGCUGAAACGCCAAUUGCUAGACCCUCUAACACCCAAAGAAAUAAUAAUUUCAACUUUACUCAAAAUAGUAUAGAUACAGAAAGCUGUAAGCUCUGCAAAAAGCAGCACCCUAUUCGAGAAUGUCCCAAAUUUCUCGCAAUGAAUGUAGAGACACGUAUCUCCACAAUCAAAAAAUAUGGUUAUUGCUAUAACUGCUUGGCCGUUUCACAUAGCUACAAGAACUGUGUGAGUAAAUUCUCGUGUCGUAAGCUUUCGACCUGAAUCAACUCCGGAAAUACCAAACGUCACUAGUUCGAACCCUGAAAACGCUUCAAGUACCGCACCACCCACCCAAAGCACAAAUACAACUCGGCAAUCCUACACAACAACUAUACAGUCCACUAAAUCAUCAACCCAAGACCCACCCAACCCAAGUAGGAAGCAGAUAUUACUCGGUACUGCAAUGGUUCAAGUAGAACAUAAUGGCCAGCGAUAUUCCGCGAGAGCUCUUAUUGAUUCAGGAUCGGAAGCCACAUUUAUAUCUCGAAGACUUCAAAGAAGUUUGGAUAUACCCACCCACUCUGUAUCAGCCCAAGUGACCGGACUAAACAAUGCAGUUUCAGCAACACCAACGAGUAUUUGUGAAAUCACACUUUGCUCACCCUUAAACACCAAUUAUAAGCUAUCA